CACACACACACACACACACAGAGCUAGGGAGCAGGAAAACUUUCUGCAUGGCCCAUGUCUACCCUGCAGCCACUGAGAUGGAGCGCUGGCUCCCUCUCCUGGACCUCAAGCUCCAACCGGGAAAGGGUUUGAUCCCCUCUUCCGGCACCCUGAAGGGGCAGAUCACAGCUGAACAAAACCCAGCAACAUCGCCCCAGCUCGAAGGUGGAACCUCUGGGCCUUCGGAGAGGAAGGGUGUGGCAGUGGUUAGAGAAUUACCAAGCGCUCACAGUCAAGGCCCUGCUCUGCCAGCUUCCCUGUACCACCUUGAGGAAGUCUCUUAGCCUCACCCUGCCUCGUUAGCCCUCCAGUGCCUCAGUUUCCCCCUCUGGUGUGGGGGAUAAAAGCACGGCCCUACCAAGCUCAGGGGGAGAGGCGUGAAGUGGGAUGGGAAUCAGGGCCCAAGUCUCACAGCAAGAGGCAGUCCCUUCUCAGACACACAAACACACUCUGCCAUGCUUGAUUCUCUAACUCCCUGCUACGACACAACUAGCCAGCAACUCCCUUGGCACCCGCCCAGCAUGCCCUCUCAUUUUGGGGAGACCUACAUAGAUUGUUCCACCUUUGCCUGGUGUGAUCCUGGGGGGGAAAAUGACAACUCAGGCUUUCCACCUCACAUCUGGGCCACGUGAGUUGCCCCUAAUCUUCUUUACCUGGCCACACCUCUGAUCCUUUUUGCUGGUGACACCCAGGCAUUAGCUGAUGCCAAGUCUGGGUGAGAGAGGAUUAAUGACAGACUGGGAGGCGUGGGCCAGCCCUGCCUGCACGCUGCCUCGGAGGCAUCUGGCUCUGGAGCCACAGGCAGGUUAUAAGCCACGCACGCUGAGAAUCCAGCAGACAGGAAUCUGCGUCGCCACUUGCUGAGGAAACCAAGGGGCCAAGGGAAGUUCUUCCACUCAGUGCACGGACCCAGCUUCGUAACCACACUAAUUGUCAGCACCCUAUUGAACUGGGAAGCCCUGUUGGCUGACAGCUAACGCUGCUUCUACAUUGUUUCCUCCACAGUUUUUUGCAGCAGCCACUUGCCCCAUGUUACCGCGCCUGGGCCCCAUGGAGUGGAUUGGUUUCGUACUUCUCCUGGUGACUGCAGGGGCUGCCAAGAACGGGACGCGGAUCAUUGGCGGCUACACAUGUCCCAUCAACUCCCAGCCUUGGCAGACCUACAUCUACGGCCCGGUGCAGUGCGGAGGCGUCCUGGUCGCCUCGCGCUGGGUGCUCUCUGCUGCCCACUGCUACAGACCGGCGGCACCUGUAGGCCCCCCUCCCUCAGCCCCAUUGAGGGGGGCCCAUGUAACACAAGGCCCUGUCUCUGCGCAGGGUGACUCCGGGGGCCCCCUGCUCUGCGAGGAGCAGCUGCAGGGCAUCGUGUCCUGGGGGCUGCAGACCUGCGCCCAGCCCAACAUUCCCGGCGUCUACACCAAGGUCUGCAACUACGUGGGGUGGAUCCGCAGCACCAUGCAGAGGAACUGAGCCGGCGGCAGGGCGCAGAGCCCACAAUAAAGCCUGAGCAGUCA